AUGCUGUUCUGGUGUCGUCAUGUGAGCUGCUUACUUAGCCGCCGUCGUCACGUCCAAUAUACAUCCAGAGGGGAGGUGGAGAGGCUGCGUAAAACUGCUAUCCUUGAGUCAGCUGCGGAGAUGCCUUUGCACACGCGUUCAACCACAGAACCGAGGCUGUUGCUGUCCACUACUUGCUCGACUUCAAACACAACAUCCGCAAUACGCAUUCUUGAUGAAACAAUAGAAGCGAUGCGCAGUAGCUUGGGCACACAGAGCGGCAAGAGGGCAGUGUACGCCGCAUCACGUGCCUUUAAAGUCUCAUCGUUGUCUCAUUUCAUAACCGAGUGCCGGAGGUUGCGGCGGCAAAUUGGUGAGUGCCGUGAUACCAACAACCGUGUACUUCUUCGGCAAACGCUUCGUAAUUUUUGGACGGAUAAUGUGGAUGGGGCACUCGCCUGUUGUGCAUUGAGGGGAAGAGACUUCGGUUUUGUAGCUGGGCUUGGUCUUGCAGACGACGGGCUUCAUGUUAGUUUCACUGCUCUGAACCUUGCAGUUUGUAGUGUGACGCAGGAGAAGAACACUUGCACGUGCACAGACAUGGUCCUGUCUCUUCACUACGUGGCAAGGGAACUUAACUUCAUUGAACGAAUGCACCGGCGUGAACCGGAUCCCCACAAAGGGAAGAAAUUCGAAAGAAAAAAAGGGAUCAGGGAUGAUAGAAACUCACCGAACGGUGAGGGGACAAGCAACAGCAACAAGGAAAUAGGACGCGGUGGACCUACGCAAGAAGAACUUCAACAUCUGAGGCGAACCGUUGCGACCUUAGGACUGGAGAGAAUACACUAUUUCUUCCUGCAGCGCGAUGCUUCGGGUGCUGUGUUGGGGACGGCUGAGGAUGCCCUCCACGUUCUGGAGUUUCUUUCUAUUGUGGAUAUCGACGAUGCGGAAGACAGCGCACGGGUUCUUUUUGAGGCAACAAAACCACGGUCCCGCAAAAAAAUUUAUCAAUUUGCCGUCACCUCGCUUCUUCGCCAUGUCGUGAGUAACUGCAAAGAUCUGAAGUUUACGUCAGUUGUGCAUGCUUUCCGACUUCUGCGUAUUUUUCUACCAGUGACGUGUCCUGAUUCACCGACUAAGUUAUCCCCACCACCACCAUUACCUCCGCGGACGAAAGAGUGGGAAAGCAGUAUUAAUUCAGCGGCACCUAGGGUUCUCAGUCAUACAAUAGAUGCAUUUCGUGGGGACCCUCACGAUGAAACCGUUUUUGUUAGCGGGGGUGCAGAGUAUUUGGAAUGGAAAAGACAACUUGAAACUAUGGAUCGUAUUUUAUGGGGUCUAUUUGCUGCGCUUCAGAAGAAGGAUGCACGUUUUAUAAAUGCAUUUCAUUUUGUGCAGAUUGUUGAAACGCUAUCGCGCCUCCCACGUCACUUGCUGUCGCGUGUUCCGCAACCGAAACGGGGAAGACCCCAAGGUGUUGGAGGGACAAUGGUGUCCAAUCCAACGCUUGAGGCUGCCGCAGUGCAUGCCGCUCACUCUGGAAACCGAAGCUCCGAUAGGGAAGUGAUUUCAUUAGAGGAACUGUGGGCCUACAUGGUGGCAAAGGCGUGCAUUUUCAUACCGGGUAUGACGUCUGAUCAGCGCCGCCGAGUGUGUUAUAACUUACGUGUGGCAGUGAUGAGUCGCGCCGUUUGUUUUCAAUGCGAAGUGGAGGACAUGCUGCAACCGAUGGCGCAUGAACUUUCGCAGUAUCCAAAGGAUUUUGACGCAGUUAUGUUUGAUCGCGCCUCGCCCGGAGGGGCGAGGGGAUGUUACUAUACUGGUAGUGGUGCAUAA